AUGGGAAAAGACUACUACAAAGCGCUGGGCAUCAGCAAAGGUGCCACGGACGAUGAAAUCAAGAAAGCCUACCGUAAAAUGGCGUUGAAAUACCAUCCAGACAAGAACAAGGAUCCUGGAGCCGAGAACAAGUUCAAGGAAAUUGCCGAGGCUUACGAUGUUCUCUCCGAUGAGAAAAAGAAAAAGAUUUACGAUCAAUAUGGUGAAGAAGGACUGAAGGAUGGUGGUCCCGGAGGACCAGGCGGUGCUGGUGGCGGCGGAAUGCACUACGAAUUCCGUGGAGAUCCAAUGAACAUUUUCUCUUCUUUCUUCGGAGGUUCUGAUCCAUUCGGACCAGGUGGAGCCGGAAUGUUCGACCUCGGCGGCGGUGGUGGUGCUGGAGGACCAAAUAUGUUCUUCAUGAAUCAAGGAGGUAUGGACGAGAACAUAUUCGGAAUGCAUGGAGGUGGCGGAAGACGGGGUCAUGCUCGUCAAGAUCCGGCCGUUUUGCACGAUCUACAUGUCAGUUUGGAGGAUGUUCUGAAAGGAACCACGAAGAAAAUGAAGAUCACGAGAAAAGUGAUGGCUGAUAAUGCUCAACGUCUCGAAGACAAAGUUCUGACGGUUACGAUCAAGCCAGGAUGGAAGUCGGGGACCAAAAUUACUUUCCCGAAAGAAGGUGAUCAACACCCGAAUAGAACUCCUGCUGACAUCGUUUUUGUCAUCAAGGACAAACCGCAUCCAAAGUUCAAGAGAGAAGGAUCUGACAUAAAGCGCGUCGAAAAGAUUUCUUUGAAGAGUGCUCUGACAGGUGUUGAGAUGAAUAUCCCAACUUUGGAUGGAGCCGACUAUCGUCUCGUGUUGAACGAGGUCAUCAAGCCAGGAACUACUAGAAGGUUGACAGGCAAAGGUCUCCCGAACCCAAAAUCGCCGACUCAUCGAGGUGACCUAAUCAUUGAGUUCGAUGUGGAAUUCCCUACUCAUCUGAAUACAGCUCAGAAAGAAGCAAUUCUGAGAAACUUCUAA